UCCUUUUUUACUUCCGCUAACUCGAAAGAGAGAGCGAGGGAUUUGGGCGGCGAUGGGGAGCGGCGCCUCACGUCAUCGUCUUCUCCGCUGCCUACGCCCCUCCGGCGCCGGAGAUGAAGCCGGUGACGGCGGUGGGGACCACCCGAUCUGUGAUCUCGGGCCACUUGACGAGGCCCUGGGCCACUCCUUCUGCUAUCUCCGCUCGUCCUCCCCCGUCCACUCCCGAUCCUCCUCCCUUUCGUCCGGAGAUGGAGGCGGAGGUGUGGUGGGUGGCGGAGGGGAGAUUGCUUUCAAGACCAUCUCCGGUGCGUCCGUCUCCGCCAACUCGUCCGCGCCUCUUCCUUUGUACGACCCUGCUGGCCGCCCUAGAGCUGCUGGUUUCCGGAGCUCUUCGUCCUUCUCGGCCAUUCCGCUCCAGAUCUCCGCCGCUGCGGCGGCCUCCGGGCCGCUCGAUCGCGGGUUCUUUCUCUCCGGCCCGAUCGAGCGGGGGGCGCUCUCCGGCCCCCUUGAGCCUGUGCCCUUCUCUGGUCCCCUCGGGAAGAAGAAGAAGCGUCGUGGCAUCGCCGGUAGGCUCCGGAAUCCGAUGCUCCUGCGACGGAGCAUAUCGGAGAAGAAUCGUCCGUGGGUCUUCCCCCUCCGGAGCUUCCCCGCUCGGCAAGGCGAUCAGGAAGUCAUUCCCUCUGCGUCCGUCACCGAGGAGAACGUGCAGUGGGCUCACGGGAAAGCCGGGGAAGACCGGGUCCACGUGGUCGUCUCCGAGGAGCAGCGGUGGCUCUUCGUCGGGAUCUACGAUGGGUUCAAUGGACCAGAAGCUCCAGAAUUCCUAGUUGGACAUCUUUACCCUGCGGUUUUGAGCGAGCUCCGCGGGCUUUUCUGGGAAGAAGUCGGAGAGUGCACACCCGAGGAUGCAGAUUUAGAUGUAGGGAACGAGAAAAGGGUCGCCUUUCAAGAGGGUUCCAGGGUUGGAAAGCGGCUCUGGGAGUUGCUUGCCGAGGGCGAUGGUGAACUUGACAUCUCUGAAGGGUCUGGUGGGUUCGCUUUCACUUUAUCGAAGAUGAGGUAUGGGGUCAGUAGCUGGCGGAAGGAUGGCCGGAGGAUGUGGUUUCCCAAGUGGAGAUACGAUUCCGAGGAAAAGGUCAAAGAGAUCAAAGAAGUCACCACGACCUGUAGACGCAGGAAGAGGAAGAAGGGUCCUGUGCCUGAUCAUGGAUUGGUUUUGGCAGCGCUUGCACGGGCAUUGGAUACCACAGAGCACGAGUACUUGGAGAUGGCGAAUAAGGUGAUGGACUGCAACCCUGAGCUGGCCCUGAUGGGAUCCUGCCUACUGGUUGUCUUGAUGAGGGAUGAAGAUGUCUAUGUGAUGAAUGUAGGAGACAGCCGAGCAAUUGUGGCACAGUAUAGACCAAAAGGAAACGCCAAUGUGAGGGUUGGAGGAAAUGGAGAGAGUUUGGAAAUUGAAGGAUCCAAUCAAGAAUUGGUAUUGGGAGCAUUGCAGCUAUCAGUUGAUCACAGCACGAGCAUCCAGAAAGAAGUACUUAGAAUAAGACAAGAACAUCCAGAUGACAAUAAAUGCAUAGUAAAUGGCAGAGUAAAAGGAAAACUGAAAGUCACAAGAGCUUUUGGGGUUGGUUUUCUCAAACAGCCCAAGUGGAAUGAUGCAUUGUUGGAAAUGUUCCGGAAUGACUAUGUGGGCACUGCACCAUAUAUAUCUUGUACACCUUCACUUUGCCACUAUAAGCUGGGAGCAAAUGAUCAAUUCCUUGUUCUCUCUUCUGAUGGUCUGUACCAAUAUCUGAGCAAUGAAGAGGUUGUCUUACAUGUACAAAGUUUCAUGGAAAGGUUUCCAGAUGGAGAUCCUGCCCAAAGUUUGAUAGAGGAACUUCUCUUCCGUGCUGCCAAAGAAGCUGGUUUGGACUUCCUUGAACUGUUGGACAUACCUCAGGGAGAUCGCAGAAAAUACCACGAUGAUGUUACAGUAAUGGUUAUAUCUCUUGAAGUUGAUGGUAGAAUAUGGAAGUCAUCUGGAAAAUGUGUGAAAUGCUGAGGGCCUGGAUAGCUUUUACCAUAUGCCGCCACCAGCUCUGUGCAACAGUGCAUUCAUGCUCACAGAAGCUUAAGCCAAGAACAUGUCGGGCUAUCUGCAACAUGAUCUCGAGACAAGCCAUGUUGAAGGGCAACGCCAAAUGUCUCUGCCUGUGAUAUCGUCUCAGUGUGCUGAACAAGAGCUGGUUUGGGCUUAGAAAGAGGCAAAAGGAAGCUUCAUGUUUAGUAACUGCUUCCACUUGGUUUGAGGUUCACGAUCAAGAAAUUUGAAGUUGGAAUGCAUUCAAGUUUUUCGGAAUGAAAUAACCUGCAAUGUUUUCAGCAAGUCAUAUUCCACCUAGUCGGAUUUUUUUUUUUUUUUUUGAGGGGGGCAGAGUUGGAUCACCUUUUACACUGAUUGCAAGCAUGCAUUCCCUCUCGCAGAAUCAAACUGCAUCAAGAAAGCACUGUAAGAUAAGAAAAUUUUGAUCCAGACUAAUUUUCCAGCUUCCUGUCUUAUCUUGUAGAUUAUAACCAAAUUUAUUUUGCACUCUGACUCUUUCCAGGCAUAAGAUGUAGUGUAGAACUUCAUCCAGUUAAUUUUCACAGAUUUACUACCU